AUUUACACAUAUAAGCCAAGUACGUUGCCGGCAGGGGCCGUGCAGAGCAUUUUCUCAGUCCGGUGCUGUACUGAACCUGUGAACGAACAUCUUUCCUCGCAAUCACGCUUCGACCAAGAUCUAUCGCCCUGAUAUUUAAACCAUCAGUGAACCAAAAUAUUUGGUUCAUUGGACCCAAAGCUAAACUCCAUAAUUCAUCCCCAGCAACGCAAGCGAAAGGAAUUAGAGGAGUGGAACCCAGAGGGCCAAAGGAAGGACAAGUUGGUUCUGAACUGCUGGCAAUCCUUUAAGUGUGAUCCACUGCUUUCACUCUUCACACGACUUGUGGUUAUAACAGCCCUGUUGGGUGCAACUCUUGCCAGAUCAUGGCUGUGCCUUUCCUCUCCAUCCAGUUUCUGACAAUGACUAUCCAUUUGUUCGUUGCUGGAACCGUUCAUGGGGGUGCUUACUAUCCAAUGAAGCAGGGUCCACAGCAGAUGCCACAAAUGCAGCUCCAAGUCCCACACAUGGUACGAGUUGGCAAAGAAGGACCUCAUAUGCAACACAGGGGCAAGGAGGUGCCACACUUUCCAGUUUAUGGAAAGGACCAUCCAUAUAGCUCUCACUAUGGGAAAAACAUUCCACAAAUGCAUGUAUUUGGGAAAAAUGUGAUGCCUCAAAAGGAACCAAAAGAACUGAUACCAACAUAUCCGAGUGCAAUGAAAGGUGAGAAAGGUCCAGACGGAGAGCCUGGCACAAGAGGGCCAAUGGGGCCACCUGGGCCUCCAGGAAUACCAGGUCGGGGUAUUCAAGGACCAGCAGGAACACCAGGUCAUCCAGGCCAACCAGGUCUUCCGAGUGUUGGGAAGCCUGGGAUGCCAGGAAUAGCAGGUAAACCAGGAAGAAUGGGGUUGCCAGGCCACAAGGGUGUCAUGGGACCAAAGGGAGAUCAUGGGUCCAUGGGAACACCAGGACCACAAGGGGCACGAGGUCCUUCAGGUCUUCCUGGAUUAGGAAAGCCAGGUAGAUCAGGAUUACCGGGAAAACAAGGAACACGAGGAGAGCCUGGACAGAGAGGAAUGCCAGGAAUGCCAGGACCAAUAGGAUCCAAGGGGCAACAAGGAAUUGGUGUGCCUGGUUUACCAGGAUUGAAGGGCCCACCAGGAUUAUCUGGGCAGCCAGGACCCGCCGGACUGCCUGGUAUUUCAAAGUCGGGUUUAAAUGGUCUCCCAGGGGCUCCAGGAGGACCCGGAAAAACAGGAUUCCCAGGUGAGCCAGGACCUCAAGGUUUUCCAGGACAACAGGGCAUUCAAGGACCACCUGGAAAGCCAGGUGUGGGGAAGCCAGGUUUAGAUGGAAUUCCUGGUCAACAUGGAUUCCCUGGCGGUAAAGGUGAUAAAGGGCUCCCGGGCAUACCAGGGCCUCCGGGAAUGCCAGGAGUAGCAAAACCAGGGUUUCCUGGGCUAAAGGGUGAACGUGGUCACAGUGGACCUCCAGGAACACAGGGACCAAAAGGGGAACCUGGACCUGUUGGUGCCCCUGGAAUUCCUGGUCCACCAGGUGAAAUGGGAUUACCUGGACUUCCAGGACAAAUUGGACCACAAGGUGGUUUGGGUUUCCCAGGACUGAAGGGAGAACAUGGGCCACCUGGCCCUCAAGGUCCUCAAGGCCUGAAAGGGGAAAUUGGUCUCCAGGGAAUGCCAGGUGCAUCAGGAUAUCCUGGUGAAGAUGGACAACCAGGGCAAAGGGGUAUGCCUGGACCAAUUGGACCAAAAGGAGGGCAAGGACAUGUUGGUCCAACUGGUUUACCUGGAUUGCUAGGAGCACCAGGAUUAAAAGGAGAACCUGGGUUUCAUGGGGAGAAAGGUAACCAAGGUCCUGCUGGAAUACCUGGGAUUGCUGGUGCAGGAGGUCCAAUAGGUCCUCCAGGUCCAUCGGGACCAAAAGGAGAUAGAGGAAUACCAGGACCUCCUGGGUUACCUGGAAUAGGAAAACCCGGAGUUCCAGGACUUGUAGGACCAACAGGAAAGCCUGGCCCAGAAGGUCAUUAUGGAAUAACAGGGCCAACUGGCAUGCCCGGACCACCUGGCCCUCCAGGCCCACCAUCUGUUCAACCAGAAAUUCAACAGUUUCAACUUCCAGAGAUGGGUCCAGGAAUCGACGGUGUAAUGACACCACAAGGAUACAUUGGUCAACAGAGUAAAAAAGGGAAACCCAUGGGACUUAAGCUAGAGAUGCCUGCGUUCACAGCCAAACUUACAAUACCUUUUCCACCAGUGGGAUCUCCUGUCAAGUUUGAUAAAAUCCUGUACAACGGCAGACAAAGUUACAAUCCACAAACUGGUGUUUUUACGUGUGAAAUACCAGGAAUUUAUUACUUUUCAUAUCACAUUCAUUGUAAAGGUGCUAACGUAUGGGUGGCAUUAUAUAAAAAUAAUGAGCCACAAAUGUAUACUUACGACGAAUACAAGAAAGGGAUUCUCGAUCAGGCUUCUGGAAGCUCAGUUCUCGAACUAAUGCAUGGAGACAGAGUCUGGAUCCAACUCCCAUCUGAACAAGCAGCAGGACUUUAUUCCGGCCCAUAUGUGCAUUCCUCUUUCGCUGGAUUUUUACUGUAUCCAAUGUAAAAACAAAAUGUACACGUGUAAAGCUUUUAAAAUACAACUUUUCUUAUUCAAUGGAAGUUACACUUUUAUCACAAAAGGCCUCGCCUGAAAUUUGCUGAAUGAUUAACUGUCUUUCUUUCUUUACUGGAAGGCUACUGUUAGUUAUAUCCAAAGAAAGAGUAGACUGCAUCUGCUUUACACGUUAUAAUUGCACAUUAAGGGCCUGAAGACACAAUUUGAGAGCCAGCGGUCAUCUCCAGAAAAGUUUCCUUGUUCCUUAAGUUCAUAAAUCUUGCGUGUAAGAUUCCAAGAACAUCCGCGCGGGUCUUAAUGGACUAUAUUCCAAAGGAGUGUUACUUUGUACAAUUGAAACUAAUCUUCCAAUCAAUGUCAAAAUUGUAAAGAAACAGAUAGAAUGCACGUAGUAAGCUCUGAAUGCUACAUAAUCCAUUUGUCCAAAAUCGAAAAUCGAAAUAAGUUUUCAGAUUAAUGUAAGGAGUGUGCUUAGCAUUUGUUAUAUAUUAUAACUAAACCAAGUGUACUUGAUAGUGUUACUGGGUGCAACAUGGAAAAUGUUCAAUGUCCCAGAAACAAAUCAUGCCUCUUUAUAAGAGCAAAUUCACAAAUAAAACAAUUGCUUAAGAAAACAUGCUUGAACAAUGUAGCCCUGUCUGUCUGUGAGAGAGGGGAAAAGGGAUCAAAAGAUUUCUAAUCAAUAAAAUAUGAUCAAUUAUGAA